AUUCAGGAGGAGACUUUGAAAAAUGCUGGACUGCUCUUACAGAUUGAUAAUGCCAGACUUGCUUCUGAUGAUUUCAGGGUGAAGCUGGAAUCUGAGGUAGCCAUGCGCCUGUCUGUGGAGGGAGACCUUGGGGGUCUGCGUAAGACCCUAGAAGAAUUGAAUGCAAGUCGAGCUAGUUUGCAGGUGCAAGCUGAAAAUCUCCAAGAAGAGUUGGCCUGUCUCAAAAGAAACCACAAGGAGGAGAUGGCUCCUCUCCAGGGGCAUCUGGGGGCCACUGUCAACGUGGAAGUUGACUCCAUGCCUGGCAUUGAUUUACAAAAAACUCUGAAUGAGAUCCGUGACCAGUAUGAGGGCGUCAUGGAGAAGAACCGCGAGGAAGCAGAAGCUUUGCACCAAUCCCAGUGCGAUGCACUCAAUCAGGAGGUUUCUGUCAGCACUGAAGCUCUACAGAGUGCUCAGAUGAAGAUGGUGGAGUUGAAGCGGCUGAGCCAGGCUUUGGAGAUUGAGCUGCAAUCUCUUUGGAGCAUGAAAGGAGCUCUUGAGGGGACCCUGGCUGAGGUGCAAUCCCAUUAUGGGUUGGAGUUGUCACAGUUACAUAACCUUGUGGCUGCCCGGGAGGCAGAGCUGCUGCAACUGAAGUCGGAUGCCCAGAACCAAGAUGAGGAUUACAAGCGACUGAUGGAUAUUAAAAACAGACUGAAACAGGAGAUAGCAACCUACCACUGUCUUCUUGAAGGGUUUGAACCACCGACUUCUCCAGAACCUUUGGUAAGCCGAUGGGAGAAGAUGAUCAUUGAAGAACGGGUGGAUGGCAAGGUGGUGUCAUCCCGUGUGGAGGAGCACCAGCUUUGAAAGAUGCUGCCUUCCCUUUAGCAAUGUUGGCAGCACAAUGAUGAUGGCGAUGAUGAGGAAGAGGGGAAGAGAAUAGAAGCUCUGGAUGAGGUUUUUUUUGUUGGCCUGCAAAUAGAUGAGACUUUCAUAUAUUUUUUUGCCUAGGUAUCUAUUGAUUGUGACUUUUGGAAUUAUUUGAAGUCUUUAAAGUUUAAUUUCCACACCCUCCCUCGGAUUCUGUUGCAUAAUCUGCUAACUAUGUCUUGGAUCACACUAAAAACCACAAUGCACCAUAACGUGCCUUCUUAUGAUGGCACUGAAAAAUUUGAUCAAUGAUCAUUUUUUCACUCUUAUGACCAGGGGUGGGUUCCAGCCACCAUUACUACAAGUUCGGUAGUAAAAGGAAUUUCUCCGGGUGCGUACGCAUUUUCAUUUAAAAUGAUUUGUGCAUGCGCACACCAUUAAAAAUUACAUUUUUAAAAUGAAGAUUGUUCUGAGCAUGUGCAGAACAGAAAAUCAAGAUGGCACCGCCGAUCAUAGAACUGGUAUGGUUACGUGUCCACUGGGGUUACUACUGGACCGAAUUGGUAGGAACCCACCUCUGCUUAUGACCCUUACAGCAUCACCAUGGUCACAUGAUAAAAAAAUUAGACCCUUGGAAGCUACUUAUGUUUAUGAUGGUUGCAGUGUUCUGGGGUCAUGUGAUCAUCUUUUGUGACCUUCUGA